CCCGCGCUCGCCGACCCGCCACCCCGGCUGGCCGGCGCCCGCCGCCGCCCCGACGUGCGCCCGCCCCCACGGCUGGUGGCCCCGCCCAGCGGCCGGCGCACGCCCACACGACGCCGGGGCGCCACGGCCAGCGGCUCCGAGGCCCCGAGGCCGAGUCCGCCAAGCGCCCAGCCACUGGGCCAGCGCUCGCAGCCACUUCUCCUUCUCCCCUUCUCCAUCUUGUCCACAACGGCUAAUCAAUUGCGUCCUGCAGUUUUCGGCCGGUUCCUGUUUUCAAGGAACCGAAUUUUCAAAAGAACCGGCGCGGCCACGUCUCGCACUUCCCGGCUCCGGUAGCAUCCUGGCCGCUUCCGCUUCCAAAUCAUCUCUCCCGCCUCCACCGCCAGCCGGCGACCGGCCCCAAGCUCCCUCUAGUCCCGCAGGCCACAGUGGUCCAGCUUCCCCUAUGGUUCUAGGCAGCAACAUUUCCAUCCAGAAAACUUUAUAUGAGGUUUUAUCUGUGAAUGAAGAUGCUACAUAUGACGAAAUCCGUGCAGCAUACAAGUCUGCUGCUCUGAACACACAUCCUGACAAAGCACAUACAACUCUUGAGUCAUCUGUGCCUUCCGGUGAGCAGCAAGAAUUUCUGAGCGUGCAGAAAGCUUGGGAAAUCCUACGUCAUCCUGCAUCUAGAGCAGACUAUGAUAAGCAGCUGCAAUCAUCCAGACAAAACAUUGAGAUCAUUGCAUCUGAAAUCGAAGUCGGGGAUAUGAUCAUCGAGAGCACUGCUGAUACUGUAGAGCUGUUGUACCCAUGCAGGUGCGGCGAUUAUUUUUCCAUCACUUCAUGUGAGCUUUGCGAGAUGGGAAUUUUGGUCAGUGGAGAUGGAGAAGUAGAACAGCAGGCGUCUAAUUCUGCAUCAGCUUCUGUUGUUCUGGGCUGUGGCUCUUGUUCUCUUAAAGUACGUUUGGUUAUAAAUGAAACUUCAUAAUACAUUUCAGACUCUGGUUGUAUGUUUCCUGGCAGGACAAGUUUGAGCAAAUGACCUCAAAAUUAUUGAGGAAUAUGCCUCUGGUUUUCCUGAAAAUAGUGCAGACUAAGAUUAUUUGUUCUUC